AUGGGUUUAGGAGUGUUUGGAUCUGUUCUUGUUUUGACAUUUUUGUUCAAGCAUUUAGCUUCACAGCAACCAAACACUGAUGAAUUUUAUGUAUCUGAGUUUUUGAAGAAAAUGGUUUUAACACCAUCAUCCUCAAAAGUUUAUGACUUUUCAUCUUCUGUUUGUUCAUGGAAAGGUGUUUUCUGUGAUGCAAAUAAACAUGUUAUUGAGUUGAGUUUUUCUGGUAUUGGACUCACUGGUCCUAUACCUGAAACAACCUUAGGAAAACUCAACAAUCUUCAAUCUUUGGAUCUUAGCAGAAACAAAAUCACUGCUUUGCCUUCUGAUUUUUGGAGUUUAACCUCUCUCAAGAGGCUUAACCUUUCUUCCAAUCAGAUUUCAGGUUCAUUGACUAACAACAUUGGAAACUUUGGUUUGCUUGAAACCAUUGAUUUGUCGAAAAACAGUUUCUCUGAGGAAAUUCCUGAAACUUUGAAUUCUCUUAUGAGUUUGAGAGUUCUCAAACUUGCACACAACAUGUUUGUUAAAAGUAUUCCUUCAGGGAUUCUCAAGUGUCAGGCUUUAGUUUCAAUUGAUCUUUCAGAAAAUCAGUUGAAUGGAACACUUCCACGUGGUUUUGGUGAUGGUUUUCCUAAUCUUAGGACAUUGAACCUUGCUGAGAAUAAUAUCUUUGGUGGUGUCUCAGAUUUUUCAGGGUUGAAGUCAAUUGUGAGUCUCAACAUAUCAGGAAAUUCGUUUCAGGGUUCUGUUACAGAUGUUUUUGUGUUGAAGUUGGAGGUUUUGGACCUUAGCAGAAACCAAUUUCAAGGUCACAUUUCUCAGUUCGCCGAAUUUGAAGCACCUUAA